AUGUUCUUUGCUUCUCCGCAGUGGUCUAUUGCCAUCAAGGAAGAUGAUUGCUGUCCUGAGGGCUGGACUCAGUUGGACAUGCGUUGUUUCAUCUUCCAAAACGAACGAGUCGACUUCAUUACUGCGGAGACCACCUGCAUAAUUCUGGGCGGGAACCUGGUGUCCAUUCACAGCAAUCUGGAGAAUGAACUCGUGCGACAAUUGAUUUUUGAUGUGACCGGCCAAAACACUCGCACCUGGAUCGGAUUCACUGACGCAAUCCGGGAGGGUUCCUUUAUUUGGACCGACGGCUCAGUUGUGGAUUUCACCGACUGGGCAAACAACCGUCCUAGCAGCAAUGGAAACCGGAACUGUGCAAACAUCAACUUCAGAGGAGGGCUGAUGCAGCCAGUCAGCCUCCGCCCCCUAUGGCUCAAGCUCCGACCCCAAGGCUCAGGCUCGGUCCACCUCAGUUUUUCCAAACUCAAGCUCCUGCACUUCCUGUUUCAGCAGCCCCGCUUCUCAUAG